AUGCGACUGGUAAACGUGGAACGGGCGUGUCUCUUGCUGACAGCGAUCCACGUUUUAGUCAACGAGAUUGUCGACGCAGAGACCUUCACCCUUGGCUACAUCACAGGUUCCAAGAGGCGACCGCACGAUCUCGAAUAUCAGAGACCUGGUUUUCGUAUCUCUGGUGCUAUUAAUCUUGCCGUGGAAGAGGUGAACUCUGGUGAACUUGGUAAACGUGGUCAUAAAUUAGAUUUCCUUGUCGCUGAAACUUAUGGUGAAGAAGAAACUAGUAUUUUGGUGACUGCACAAUUAUGGACCAAGAACAUCAGUGCAUACAUUGGACCACAAGAAACGUGUAUUCAUGAGGGGAGAAUGGCUGCUGCUUUCAAUCUGCCAAUGAUCUCAUAUUUUUGUACCUAUCAUGAAACAUCUAAUAAAAUGGAAUUUCCAACGUUCAUCCGAACAAGACCUCCAGAUACUCAAAUAUCCAAGUCAGUAGUCUCCGUUCUGCUGGCAUUCAACUGGACAAAAGUAACAUUUAUGUAUAUGAAUUCAAGUUUAUUUGAGUUCAACAAUAAAAUAUCCAGUGUAGCAACGACGAUCCUGAGUUCCUUUGAGUCAUCUGGAAUCACAGUAAAUUAUCUACGAUGCUGGGAGGAGCCUUAUUAUGUCACCCACAUGAACAAUCCAUUUCAUGAACUCGUUGCUUCAACAUAUCAGGAGACUCGAAUAUACGUCAUACUUGGAAACUAUUACGAGCACAUGGGUCUUUUGAUAGCAUUGAACGAUAAGAAACUUCUUGAAAGUGGUAACUAUUGGGUAGUCGGAGUCGACAUCGAGCAAUAUGACGAGCAGCAACCAGAUAAGUAUUUACGAGGAUUGUGGGAAAAGGAGACAGAUCCAUCUCUCCUUCGUGCAUACAAAAGUUACUUUAGUAUCGUCGCUUCAGCUCCAGUAAAUUUGAAUAACUUUACAAGAUUAAUUCAUGAAUACCGGCAAAAGCCUCCAUUCAACUUCAGUAAUCCUCUAGCCCACGUUGGAGGAAUAGUUCAGAUUGUACCAGAGACUGCUUAUCUUUAUGACGCAGUUCAUCUGUAUGAAAAAUCCCUUCUUGCUGCUUUAAAUGAGGGUCGAGAUCCAAGAGAUGGAAAAAGAAUGGUUGAAGCUUUGCAUGGAGUUCAUUAUCACAGUGCUAUGGGAUACAUGGUAUACAUGGAUGAAAACGGUGAUGCUGAAGGUAAUUACACAUUAAUUUCUUUGGACAAUAAAUCAAAAACAGGAUAUGGUCUUUAUCCUAUAGGAUAUUUUGUUGGCAAAGAAAAAGCAACAAGUCUGCCAAUGUUAAGACUGACUAGAGAUAUCGUUUGGCUAAAUAAUGGACCUCCUUUGGCAGAACCACAAUGUGGAUAUCAUGGAGAAAAAUGCAUUGCACAUACUGGAGAAAUCGUCGGUGGAAUAGUUGGAGGGUUGCUUCUUGUUUUUGUGUCAAUUGCUCUGGUACUUUAUCGGAACUGGAAGUAUGAACAAGAGCUUGAUUCUCUUCUUUGGAAGGUCAACUAUAAGGACAUUCAGCUCAGGGAAGCUAAAGAAGAAACUAUUAACAAUGAAUCCACUCAAAAAUCUAACACUAAGCCUGUUAUAAGAACAAGUCAAGUCUCACUAAGUUCGAAUCCUGACGUUGAUUUCCGAUAUAAUAUGAUUUAUACUCAAAUAGGAUUCUAUAAAGGACGAAUGUUUGCAAUUAAGAAAAAAAAAAAAUCCAUAGAAAUCACUAGAGAAAUGAAAAAAGAAUUAAAAAUAAUGAGAGAUUUAAGACACGAUAAUCUAAAUGCUUUUAUUGGAGCAUGUACGGAUCCUCCAAAUAUUUGUAUUGUUGUUGAAUAUUGUCCUCGUGGGAGCUUAAAAGAUAUUCUAGAUAAUGAAGAUAUGAAACUGGAUAACAUGUUUAUGGCUUCUCUCGUAGGAGAUAUCAUUAGAGGAAUGGUAUUUCUUCAUGAAUCUGUACUUAAAUAUCAUGGAAAUCUAAGUACUUCUAAUUGUUUAGUUGAUUCACGAUGGGUAGUAAAACUUGCAGACUUUGGUUUAAGAGAAUUUAAAAAAGAUGCUGAAAUUGAUUCUGAUGAUGUAAUGAAAAAAUAUCAAGGCUUACUAUACAGAGCUCCAGAACUAUUGAGAUCCACUGUGAUAGAAACUCCAACAAUUCGUAGUUAUCAAAAAGGUGAUGUUUAUUCAUUUGCAAUCGUACUUUAUGAACUUCAUGGACGACAUGGUCCUUUUGGAAUAACAAAAUUGACACCGCCAGAAAUUUUAAAGAGAGUUAUUGUACGAAAAGUUGGUAUACCUCCUUUCAGACCACCAGUCGAUCAAUUAGAAAAUUGUUUCGACUUUGUGAGAGACUGUCUUAUUGAAUGCUGGUCUGAGGAUCCAGAAAGUAGACCAGAUUUUAAAAUGAUUCGAAAUAAGUUACGACCUUUGAGGAAAGGAAUGAAACCAAAUAUUUUUGAUAACAUGAUGGCAAUGAUGGAAAAAUAUGCUAAUAAUUUAGAAGCUCUUGUUGAUGAACGCACUGAUCAAUUGAUUGAAGAAAAGAAAAAAACUGAUGCAUUAUUAUAUGAAAUGCUCCCACGAUAUGUUGCAGAACAACUAAAACGUGGAAAUAAAGUUGAAGCAGAAGGAUUUGAUUGCGUCACGAUUUAUUUUAGUGAUAUUGUUGGAUUUACAGCUAUGUCUGCUGAAAGUACUCCUCUUCAAGUCGUAAAUUUUCUGAAUGAUCUUUAUACUUGUUUUGAUUCUACUAUUGAAAAUUACGAUGUUUAUAAAGUGGAGACUAUUGGAGAUGCUUACAUGGUGGUCAGUGGACUUCCGAUUAGAAAUGGAAUACAACAUGCAGCAGAAAUAGCUAGUAUGUCUCUACAUCUUUUAGAAGCUAUUAAGCAAUUUAGUAUUCGUCACAGGCCCUUGGAAAAAUUGCAACUUCGAAUAGGAAUUCAUUCAGGGCCUGUAUGUGCAGGUGUUGUUGGAUUAAAAAUGCCACGAUAUUGUCUCUUUGGAGAUACUGUCAACACUGCAAGCAGAAUGGAAUCCACAGGCUCACCACUAAAAAUUCACUGCAGUCAAGAAACAAAAAAAAUUUUGGAUAACUUAGGAGGCUUUCAUCUUGUAGAACGGGGGGUAGUUUCAAUGAAAGGGAAAGGAGAACGUCUGACUUAUUGGCUCAUUGGUGAAGAUCCAACUCAAAGAGAAGAGCGACGAAGAGAAAGAGAAGCAAGAAGAAAUGGAGUUUCGAGCAGAAAAAUUGCUCAGGAUCUUUUAAUACCUAAAAGUUCGUUGAAAAAUAAAUCUUUGACGAGGACAACAUUCUUAAGAUGCUCUAGUGAAUCUCCUAAACGAUUAAGGUUUGCUAGCUCGGAUCAGUUAAAUCAGAAGCUCAUGAAUGUCAAUGAACUUGAGUGUAUUGUUGACAGUAACCCUUGUAUAAGAGCAAAAGGACUUUGUUCCUUAAGAUCAACUUGUAUUGAAAGCUCUAGAUCAUCAAGCAAUUCCUGUCCUUGUGUAGAAAAAUUAUGUGAGCAUGAAAACUCUUCAAAAAUAAACCUAGUAUUAAAACCCGAUGAUCAGUAUUUGAAAACUAGCAUUAAAGGAUUUUGUAAUGGUCCAAGAAGUUUUGAAGGUGCUUGUAGGUCAGCUCCCAGCAGUCCUCGGCACAGUUCUAUGGUUUUAAAUAGUCAGAAAAGAAGUGCACAAUCUAUAGAAGAGAUUGAUGGCUGUGAUACACCAUUAAUACGUUCAGCUACAUGUAUUGACUGACAUUCAUUUGUUUGUCUGAAUUUAGACUUAAAUUUCAAUUCAAAUAGGCUUGAAAAGCAAGAAUUUUUUGUUUGACUUCAUUUGAAGCCGAAUAAGCAAUGGAGAAAAACAAUAAAAUGGAAUUUAAGAUUAGUUCUGUUCACUGUCAAUUUUUUAGAGCCACAUUUCGACGUAUGAAGACGAAAAAAUAUCCUUGGGGAAUAAAUAAAUGUCCUUAAAGACAAUCAAAAAGGCUCGUGCUUUUUAUUUUACUCGUGUCCUUUUGGAUUUUUACGAGAACCAAGUGUCUAGUCAAUCAUUUUUUCAAUUUAGUGUAAAAAAACGUUCAAAAUAGAGAUAAAAUUAUUAAUUUAUUAUGUGUAAUAACAAU